CCGGAGCACAGGUUCUCCACAGCAAGAAACACCACAGGCUUUACACAGCAAGAAACACCACGGGCUGGACACAAGAAGACUUCAGUCAUGGUGGUCUUGAGGGAGGGGGCCUCUGUGUGGGUGGACUCUGGAAUAGGAGUGCCCAUAGGGGCGGAGGUCAAGCUCACAGACAAGGGACAGCUGCAGCUGAUUGAUGAUGAAGGAAAGGAGCACAAGAUCAACAAGAAAAAAGAGGCCAGCCUGCGACUCAUGCACCCCACCUCGGUGAAGGGUGUGGAUGACAUGAUCCGGCUGGGGGACCUCAACGAGGAGGGCCUGCUCCGAAACCUGUUCAUCCGCCACAAGGACGGAAUCAUCUACACCUACACAGGCUCCAUCCUGGUGUCAGUGAACCCCUACCAGGUGCUCCCCAUCUACACCACGGAGCAGGUGCACCUGUACACCGACCAGCGCCUGGGAGAGCUGCCUCCUCACGUGUUCGCCAUCGCAGACAGCUGCUUCUUCAACAUGCGCCGCAGCCGCAAGGACCAGUGCUGCGUCAUCAGCGGGGAGUCGGGGGCUGGGAAGACGGAGAGCACCAAGCUUGUGCUGCAGUUCCUGGCGGCCGUGAGCGGGCAGCACUCCUGGAUCGAGCAGCAGAUCCUGGAGGCCAACCCCAUCCUGGAGGCCUUUGGCAACGCCAAGACCAUACGCAACGACAACUCCAGCCGCUUCGGCAAGUACAUCGACAUCAGCUUCACCACCUCAGGCGCCAUCGAGGGCGCUCGCUUCGAGCAGUACCUACUGGAGAAGUCUCGCGUCUGUCGUCAGGCUGCGGAGGAGAGGAACUACCACAUCUUCUACUGCAUGCUGAUGGGGAUGACAGCAGAGCAGAAGAAGAUCCUGUCGCUAGGGAACGCUUCCCAAUAUCAUUACCUGACCAUGGGUAACUGCACCAGCUGUGAGGGGAGGGAUGACCUCAAGGAGUACGCCCACUUCCGCUCCGCGAUGAAGAUCCUCAUGUUCUCUGAGAAUGACUGGUGGGAGAUCUCCAAGCUGCUGGCCGCCAUCCUUCACCUCGGCAACAUGGCCUUCGAAGCCACCAUCUCGAAUAACAUGGAAAGCUGUGAAAUCCUCCCCUCCUCUCAUUUCACUGUGGCCAGCACUCUACUGGAGGUGGACCCUAGGGCCCUGGAACAGAGCCUGAUCCAGCGCUCCUUCAUGACCACCAAGGAGAGUGUCACCAAGCCCCUCACCUCCGCCCAGGCUCUCGAUGGCAGGGACGCCUUCGUCAAAGCUAUCUAUGGGAGGCUGUUUAUCUGGGUUGUUGACAAGAUCAACAGCGCCAUUUACAAGCCCCCACCCGAUGACGCCAACUACAUCCGUCAGUCCAUCGGCCUGCUCGACAUCUUCGGCUUUGAGAACUUCAAACACAACAGCUUCGAGCAGCUCUGCAUCAACUUCGCUAACGAGCAGCUGCAGCAGUUCUUUGUGAAGCACAUCUUCAAGCUGGAGCAGGAAGAGUACGCUCGUGAGAACAUCGUCUGGGAGCUCAUCCAGUUCAAGGACAACCAGCGCACCCUGGACGUGUUGGCCAACAAGCCCCUCAACAUCCUGUGUCUCAUCGACGAGGAGAGCCACUUCCCCAAGGGCACAGACACCACCAUGUUGCUUAAGAUCGGCAGCAACCACGACAAGGGGGACGUGUACUUGCCUCCGAAGAACAACCACGACACGACGUUUGGGAUCCAGCAUUUUGCCGGCGUGGUGCAUUACGAAUCCAAAGGGUUCCUGGAGAAGAACAGGGAUGCCCUCAGCGCCGACCUCAUCCAGCUGGUGGAUACGUCCUCCAACAAGCUCCUGAAACAGGCCUUCAAGAACGAGCUGACAUCCGGCACCAUCAUCAACACCACCAACCCCAAGCUGAUGAUCACACCCAAGAACUCUCUCAGGCAAGCAACAGAUAAGAAGCGUGUUCUUACGUUGAGUGGUCAGUUCCGUCAGUCUCUGGACGCUCUGAUGAAGACCCUGACAGCCUGCCAGCCCUACUUCAUCCGCUGCAUCAAACCCAACGACUUCAAGAAACCCAUGCUGUUCGACCGGGAGCUGUGUAUUCGGCAGCUCCGCUACUCUGGGAUGAUGGAGACCAUCAGGAUCAGGAAGGCAGGCUACCCCAUCCGCUACACCUUCGAAGAGUUCAUGGAGCGCUACCGCGUCCUGCUCCAAACCUCCGUCUGCGAGCCCAGAACGCAAACCACACAGAGGUGCUGUGAGAGUAUCUGUGAGAAUAUCCUGAUGGAGGGAGACUGGAAGACUGGCAAGACCAAGAUCUUCCUCAAGGACUUCCAUGACACCAUGCUGGAGGUGGAGAGAAUGAAGGAGUUGAACAAGAAAGCUCUCCUGAUCCAGAAGGUUCUUCGUGGAUACAAGUUCAGGAAGAACUUCCUAAGGAAGAAGGCCUCUGCUUUGGUUAUUCAGAAACACUGGAGAGGACACCAGGGCAGGAAGCUAUACAGAGUGGUCCAGCUGGGCUUCACACGCCUGCAGGCGCGGGUGCGAGCACGCCAGCUGCGGCACAGGUACGAGCAGCAGAGGGUUGCGGUGGUGGUGCUGCAGGCGCGGGCGCGAGGCUGCCUGGCCAGGAGGGCGUGGACCUGGCAGAGGCAGGCGGUGGUGCUGCUGCAGGCCCACACCAGAGGCAUGCUGGCCCGCAAGACCGUACACAAGAUGAAGAGAGAUGCCUUCCUGUCUGCCAAGGAGCGGCGAGAUGAGGAGGAAGUACUCAGGCGCUUCAGGACGGACCCCAGGAAGCUGCCCCCCCACCAGGUGGAGGUGGACGCCAUCGAGCAGAACAGCGCCCAAAUCUUCCACAAGGUCCACUUCCCCAACGACACGGAGGAGGUCUUCGAGGUGGCCACCGGCACCAGGAUCAGAGACCUGGUUCAGACCAUCUCCUCCAAACUCAUGCUGGCCUCCGCAGACGGCUUCAGCAUCUUCGUGAAAACACCCGACAAGGUUCUCAGUCUGAACGAAGCGGACUACUUCUUUGACAGCCUGAGGCAGAUCACUGACUGGUCCAAGAAGGUCAAGACCACCAGGGAAGGAGGGCUCAACAACAUCUCCUACAUGGUGUUCUUCAUGAGGAAGCUGUGGUUCAACGUGAUCCCAGGGAGAGAUCUCCAGGCUGAUCUGAUCUUCCACUACCCUCAGGAGCUACCUAAGUACCUGCGGGGCUACCACCAGGUGUCCAGGGCAGACAUGAUAAGCAUCGGCGCCCUCCUCUUCAGGGUGAAGGCCAGCAACGACCCGGCCCAGCUCCCCAUGAUCCCCAAGAUGCUGAAGGAGCUGGUGCCCAACGACCAGCUGAAGGCCAUGUCUGCAGACGAGUGGAAGAAGAACAUCGUAGCUGCCUUCAACAAGCAGGCAGGCAUGUCAGAAGGGGAGACCAUGGUGGCCUUCCUGAAGGCAGUGUGUCGCUGGCCAACGUUUGGAUGUGCCUUCUUCGAAGUUAAGCAAACAUCAGAUCCUAACUUCCCUGACAUCGUGAGAAUCGCCAUCAGCAAGCAAGGAGUCACUCUCAUCAACCCCAAAACCAAGGACAUUCUCGCUUCUCACCCAUUCAACCGCAUCGCUAACUGGUGCAGUGGAAGCACCUACUUCCACAUGACAGUGGGGAACCUGGUCCAGGGGAACAAGGUCCUGUGUGAAACGUCUCUGGGUUAUAAGAUUGAUGACCUGCUGACGUCCUACGUCAACAUGUAUGUGAAUGAGACCAGGGCGAUGAAGAGCAGGAACCGGCGCUACAACUGAACACACACACAUCACACACACACACAAACAUCAUACACACAUCACACACACACUCAUACACACACACAAACAUCAUACACACAUCACACACACACUCAUACACCCACUCAAACACAUACAUAUACACACACACAUACAUAGAAACAGAUAAAAACAGAUACAAAAAGAUGGGAACCAAAUUAUUCUCAGGUUUAUGAUGAACCUGGACCCAUACCAUUUCUAACUUAAUCCAAUGAAGAAUGUUAAAUGUUAAAUCCACAAAAAUGUUAGGUGAUCGUACUCAAACAUAUUUGACAUCAAAUCAAUCUGAAAUAACUAGUUGUAUGUACAAUCCUACUGCCAUGUGUCUUAUCAAACAAGAGUUAUUAAUGGUCUAAGGCCUUUGUUGAAGAGGUGAUUUAUGUUUGAGUGAUGCUACGAUUUGCAAGCCAGAUAGACCAUUAAAAACGUUUUCCCACCUG